GUGAGGGAUCUUUUUCACCCUCAGGGGCGGCUGUGUGAGGGACCUUUUCCCUUCUGAGGGGUGGUUGUGCGAGGGGCUUUUCCCCACCCUCAGGGGUUGCUGUGUGAAGGGCUCUUCUCCCCCUCAUCAGAGGUGUUGUUGUCAGGGGCCUUUCCCUCCCCUCAGGGGCAGGUGUGUGAAGGGGUUUUCUGCCCCCCUCAGGUGCUCACCAUGUCCCUGCCAGCAAAGAGGUGUGGAAGGCCCCCGGUGUUGUCCUUCCUGGAAAAGAAAAAGAGAAAGCAAAGCCUUGAUAGAAGAAGGGGCAAAACGAGGAUUUAUGUGGGAAAUCACAUUGAGCGAUGGCUGACACUUAAGGAGAAGCUGGAUUUCAGGAACGAUGCAGAAGUUGCAGGGUUUUUAUUGGAUUUGUAUGACAGCUACGACCUAUUAUCAAAAGCCCCACUCUGUCCCCUCCCUGAGGGUGUCAGAAGGAUCACUGUGAAGGAGGAAAGAGCUUUGUCAGGCAGCACAUCUUUAAUAGCAGCAGAUGGAACGUAUGACAAUGAUGAGCAGCUGCCUAAAGAAUCUGCUUGUUCUGGGCUGGGAGAUGUGAGAGUUGUGACUGUGAAGGAGGAGCAAGAGACACCCCAGGACUGUGUGUUGGCACGGGCAGAUGACACCUGUACUUUCAGGUUUCCCAGCACAAACAUCAAGAUAACAUUCACAGCUCUGUCCAAUGAAAAGAGAGAAAAACAGGAGGCCCCAGAGUCCCCAGUGAAGCCUGUGCAACCCCAGAUCUCUCCCUUAACAAUAAACAUUCCAGACAACAUGGCUCACCUGAUCAGCCCUCUCCCUUCUCCCACGGGAACUAUCAGUGCUGCAAACUCCUGCCCAUCGAGCCCCCGCGGCGCUGGCUCUUCAGGGUACAAGAUGAGUCGUGGGAUCCCAUCUGACCUACAUUUGAUGGCCGACAAUUCCCAGUCGGAAAACGACAAGGAAGCAUCGGGGGGAGAUAGCCCAAAGGAUGACUCUAAGCCACCCUACUCCUAUGCACAGUUGAUAGUCCAAGCAAUUACAAUGGCCCCGGAUAAGCAGCUCACACUAAAUGGAAUUUAUACGCACAUAACUAAAAAUUAUCCUUACUACAGGACAGCAGACAAGGGCUGGCAGAAUUCAAUACGUCACAAUCUCUCUCUGAAUCGUUAUUUCAUCAAAGUACCACGUUCCCAGGAAGAACCAGGCAAAGGCUCAUUCUGGAGGAUAGACCCUGCCUCUGAAAGCAAAUUAAUAGAGCAGGCUUUUAGGAAAAGGCGGCCUAGGGGAGUACCUUGCUUUAGAACCCCUCUGGGACCACUCUCUUCUAGAAGUGCCCCAGCUUCUCCUAAUCACUCUGGAGUGUUGUCUGCACACUCCAGUGGCGUCCAGACCCCCGAGAGCCUGUCCAGGGAGGGGUCUCCCGUCCCGAUGGAACCUGAGCCCAGCACUAUCCAGCCAAAACUCGCCGUCAUACAAGAAGCGCGAUUUGCACAGAGUGCCCCAGGAUCACCUCUCUCUAGCCAACCAGUUUUAAUUACUGUACAACGGCAGCUACCACAAACUAUUAAACCCGUCACCUACACUGUUGCAACUCCUGUGACAACAUCAACAUCCCAGCAGCCUGUAGUUCAGACAGUUCAUGUUGUCCACCAGAUCCCAGCUGUGUCAGUCACCAAUGUGACUGGAUUAGCACCAGCAAACACUUACACUGUCGCGGGACAGGCCGUCGUCACGCAAGCGGCGAUGGUCACCCAGCCCAAGGUAGAACCUCAAGAGAAUGGAGACCACAAGGAAGUCAAAGUGAAAGUGGAGCCUCUCCCUGCUAUUAGCCAUGCUGCAAUAGGAGCUGCUAGUCGGAUCAUCCAGACAUCUCAGCCCACCCCCCUCCAGACAGUCACCAUCGUGCAACAGGCGCCCCUGGGGCAGCACCAGCUGCCCAUAAAAACUGUAACGCAGAACGGAACGCACAUAGUGCCCAUCACCACGGCCCUGCCGGGGCAGGGCACUGCUGCUGCUGCAAGUCCUUUGCAUAUGUUGGCCACCCACGCGUCCGCAUCGGCGUCGCUGCCCACCAAGCGCCAGAACGGAGACCAGUCGGAACAGCAGGAACUCAAACGUAUCAAAACAGAGGAUGGAGAGAGCAUAGUCAUAGCUGUGAACGUGGACACCCCACCCGUGGCAGUGAGUGACAAAGGCAGUCAGAACUAGAAACUUAGGGGAGUUUUCUUUUUUUUUUUUUUUUUUUUUUUUUUUUUUAAGAAAAAAAAAAACAAAAACAAAACAAACGCAAACUCCGUGGUGCCAAAAGGAGACACUUAAAUCUUAACACCUAAAACGUUGGAACAUGUUCUCACGCAGUGGGGAAAGGGGCCCUGUGAUCAGACUUCAACUUUCAGCACUGAAACAAAACCCAAACACAGGUGGCCUUAAAACUUGGUAAUUUAAAAAGUCAAAACUGCAGAACCGUGUUGUUGUAGAGGCUGUUCCCCCUCUGCUCCUGCCCCACCGGACUGUGUGUGCUGGGGGGGGGCUGCAGCUUUAACAGGACCUGUCAGAUGAUUUCCAGGACUGAGGAUCUCAGUGUAACGGCAGCAUGAUAGCGCUUAGUGUGACUGGUUUAACGAUUGUAUAUUCCUAAAGGGAACAGAGGCAGGAGCCAUUCCGACACCGUGGCAGCUACGCCUUUCCGAACCACCCACCCAUGCAGUUGUUGGUAGAUAAUGCAGUAUUUUGUUGUUCACAUGUGGAAUUAGAAAAUUUUUGAGGUGUAUUUUCAUUUCUUUGCAAAACAAUGGGGUCUUUGACAUUUCAAAUCACUCCAUUUCUACUCCGGAAACUUUGGAAUCACACAAAUACUUUUCAUGUGAAAUUUUGUUUGGUAAAAAACUGAAUGUAGGGUUUUUUUAACCAACGGAAUGAUUUACUUUUGUCUGUCCUGUUCAAGUUCAGAUAAAGCUACUUUAUUACAUCUGCAAAUUUUCAUAUUUUAGCAGUUGCCUGAUAAAUUUAAUCAAAUUUUAUUACCAUGUGUAGUGAUCAAACGCUUCUUUGGGCUUGCAUGUAACUGAUUAGAAACUCUGAUGUAAAUGAGCCGUUAACUGACGUAAAGAACUGCUAUGGAUUUGACCAGAGCUGCACUUACCUGUUUCUCUCUCUGCUACCUUUUGCUGUUUGUUACUUUGUGUUGACUUUGACUGUCCCUGGCAUAUUUUUCCAGUCUAAAGUAAAACAAGAGUCUCGCUUAAUAUUGUGUAUGUUUAAGAUAACAGACUGUUCUUCAUUUAGAAAGAGGAAAUUCUUUAUCACGAGUCCUUUUAAAAAGAGUAAAAUUAUCUUGUCAGAGGUAUAUUCGAUAUUUUUAAGCUUAAGCACCCUUGAGUAGAAAUUAAUCUGCCCCAUUUCUCUGUAACACUUCGAUGUCAGACACUGACCUCCGGGGUCUCCAUGACCAGUAGCUGUUGUGGUUUUCUAACAGUGGCUACCAGAUUAUGGUAAUAAUAAUAAUAAUUAUUAUUUUUUUUUUUUUUAAGUGUGUGUUCUGCAGUUGAACAUUUUAAAAUGUAUCGGUAAUUUCUCACUUUAAUGUGGUAAUAGAUUCCACUUUACAUUUCAAAAUUCAAUUGAAACAAGGCUGCUGUUCAGUCUUCAACUCACACAACGUCUUAGUUCCUCCUGCAGCCAGGUGAGUGGAAGCGUUGGCUUCAUGGGAAUCUGGUUUUUGUCCUGUUCUGUAAUAAAGAUGCAUUAUUUAUAUUUCCUUUCCCGCUGUGAAAGGAAAAACUGUAUUUUCACGAUGGACUGAACAGUUUGGAGUGGUUAUUUUAGGCAGCUUUUGGAAACUAUUUACCUAAAGACCAAAUAUGAGAAAUCUGUACAAGUUUUGUGUUCAUCCACACAAUGGAACUGUUACAAUGUCUCUGCAGAUAAUACAUAUUAAAAAACUAUGAAAAAAAACUCUACACAAGCUGGAUUUAUAACAGGCAUUUAAAAAAAAAAAGCAUAACUUGAAAAGAAGCAUUUCUGUACAAUUGCAACGUUUUCUUUAGAGGUUUUAAAAAUAAAAAAAAAAAGUAAAGUUUUAACAUACUUUUUUUAAGAAAAAAAAUCCAGUACUAGUAAUUUAAUUUGGUGUUGAAUGAAUUGACUAGAAUGUGGUUUAUUUUCAGAAGUGAGAAUCUGUUCACAACUAGGGCUAGGUGAAUAAUAGUGUAUAAGAUUUUUUAAAUAAAAUUAAAUUUUAUUCAGCAAAUUAA